CUCAAUUAUACAAUAUAACAGACGACAAUGGAGACAACCAAAAUCGAGGAGAUCCUGGAGACGAUCGCCGUUCGCUACCGCGGCCCCGGCGGCGCAGUGGCAGUGCUCCAGCACGGCGCAGUGGUCGGCCAGAGGGUCUGGGGAUGGGCAGACAUGAACGAGCGCAUUGCCCUGACGGCCGAGACGCAGAUGCCCAUCUGUUCCAUCACGAAGCAGUUUGUGUGCGCCCUGCUGCUUGAUCUGUAUCGCAACCCGACGCCCGCCAUGGCUGCCCGGGGAGAGGACAUCCCCCAGCAGUUCUCCGACCAGCUGAAGGAGCUGUUGCCCGCUCUCUUCCGCAACACCGCCAACAGCGACAAGCUGACCAUCGAGACGCUGUGCGGCAUGCACUCGGGCCUGCGCGACUACUGGGCCAUGACGACGCUCUGGGGCGCAAAGCCCGAGGAUGAAUUCCUGGUGGCGCGCGACGGGCCCGGCGCGAUGGCGCGCACCCGGUCGUUGAUGUUCGACACGGGCACCGAAUACUCCUAUUCCAACGUCAACUUUUACGUCGUGGCGCGGGCGAUCGAGCGGGUGACUGGCGAGCCUCUGGAUCAGCUGCUGGCGGAGCGAGUGCUGCGUCCCGCGGGGAUGAAGACGGCGUUCCUCUGCCCCAACACGGCGCACCAUCCGCCCCCCUGCGUGGGCUACGAGGGCGGCGAGGUCGCCGGGUACCAGGCAGCGGUCAACCGGAUGGAAUGGGCGGGCGACGCGGGCCUGGUGGCUUCGCUGACGGACAUGAUCGCCUGGGAAAAACACCUGGAGACGCUCUUUGCAGACCCGGACAGCUGGUAUCGUCGCACUGUCUACCAGCCCCAGACGUACGCGGAUGGCAUCACGCCCGCCCAUUACCACUACGGCAUGGCGCAUGUAGAUGUCGAGGGGGUCGAUUCCCUGGGCCACGGCGGCGCCCUCCGGGGAUACCGUCUGCAUCGCCGCCAUGCGCCCAGCGAGCAUCUGUCGGUUGUGGUGCUGUUCAACCAUGAAGCGGACGCUUCGGCUGCGGUGGACGAUAUCCUACGAGCGGUCCUGAACCGCCCGACGAACAGUCUGGCAACGCCAACAGUCACCGCCAGUGCAGACUGGGCAGGCGUCUAUCUGGAUGGCGAGACCCAGCUCGCCAUCACCGUCACCCAGGGCUCCCGUGAAGGAGAGAUCAAGAUCGCAUAUGCAGCCCACAACGCGCCGGAGACCAUCAAGCUGACGGAUCCGCAUCAUGGGCGCUCGCGGUCCAUGCAUUCCCGCAUUGACAACGACCGGCUGUCCAUCCAUCGGAUCAUCGAGAACCGCCAUCUCGAUGCCCGCCGUCUGCGUCUCAGGGACGAAGACAAGUCGUUCACCUCGCAUGCAGCGCUGGCAUCUAUCGUCGGCGACUACGAAUGCGCCGACGUCGACUCCGUCUUCCACUGCUUUGGCGAGGGCGCAAUGCUGUACGGCGCCUUUGACGGCUAUCUGGGCCGCGGGCCUGCGACGCCCAUGCGCCAUCUGGGCGAGGAUGUCUGGGCGCUGACCUGCCCGCGGGGGCUGGAUGCGCCGCCCCCGGGCGACUGGACGGUUGUCUUGCGGCGCGAUCCAGCGGGGGGAGUCACUGGCUUUACCAUCGGCUGUUGGCUGGCUCGUCGGCUCGAGUUUGUCAAGCAGUAAGCUUGCUUGAUAGUUCUGAUACAACUGAGCUUGAUUUAUCCGGCGAGUGACUCAAGACAUUCUUGAUCACUUAGCCUUAGCAGUGGCAGCGAUGUCAGGAUAUGUCUAGUCAAUAUAGCUAUUAUAUAAUUAUUAUAAUAGGAAACCAGGGGUUAAAAUUAGGGCUAUAAUUAUAUAUUGAUUUAUGUUGAUUCCUGU